GGUACCAGCACAUCCGCAUGUACGACCUCAACUCCAACAACCCCAACCCCGUCAUCAACUACGACGGUGUGAGCAAGAACUCAACCUCCGUGGGCUUCCACGAGGAUGGCCGCUGGAUGUACACGGGUGGGGAGGACUGCAUGGCACGGAUAUGGGACCUCAGGUCUCGUAACCUGCAGUGCCAGCGGAUCUUCCAAGUGAAUGCUCCCAUUAAUUGUGUCUGCCUACACCCCAACCAGGCUGAGCUAAUUGUGGGUGACCAGAGUGGGGCCAUUCACAUCUGGGACCUGAAAACAGACCACAACGAGCAGCUGAUUCCAGAGCCUGAAGUCUCCGUGAACUCUGUGCACAUUGACCCUGAUGCCAGCUACAUGGCGGCUGUUAACAGCUCGGGAAACUGCUACGUGUGGAACCUGACGGGUGGCAUCGGAGAGGAGGUAACCCAGCUGAUUCCCAAGACCAAAAUCCCAGCACACAACCGUUAUGCCCUGCAGUGCAAGUUCAGCCCCGACUCCACGCUCUUGGCUACCUGUUCUGCAGAUCAGACAUGUAAGAUCUGGAGGACUUCAAACUUUUCUUUGAUGACGGAGCUGAGCAUUAAGAGUAAUAACCCAGGGGAAACCUCUCGUGGCUGGAUGUGGGACUGUGCUUUCUCCGGAGACUCGCAGUACAUUGUCACAGCCUCUUCAGAUAACUUGGCCAGACUGUGGUGUGUGGAGACUGGAGAGAUCAAGAGAGAAUACAGCGGGCACCAAAAAGCAGUUGUCUGCCUCGCUUUCAAUGACAGCGUGUUGGGAUAAUGGUUGUAUUGAAACAAAAGGACCUCCACUUGUUUUCCCUUGUCUGAAAACGACCAGCACCCUCUCUGGACCCUGGGAUGUGCUUGUAGCCAUUCCCCUGAUGGAGAGGACUUACUCUGGCAGAAACAGCUGCAGCUGCCUGGAGCAACACCAGGCUUCAGCUCCAGGCAGACCAUUACUGAAACGUGUUUGGCCUCCCAGGGAAGCUGCUGGUACAAAAGGGAAUGAGAGGCACAGUGCCACUGAGGGGAGCUGGGUGCAGAGCAGCUGCUAGAGACAUCCCUGUGGCUUCUGCUGUUGUAUUUUUUUUUUCUUUUCCCAAAGUGGAAAAAAUCAACCUUUCUAAAUGAUGGAAUGGGCUGAACAGAAAGAGGAAAGGCAGCUGCUUUCUUGUUUUGCAGUCCCUUUAUUCAAAUAUGUAUUUCACAGAC